AAUGACAAUUUUGAAUAGGUGAUCUAAUCCAUAUUUGGAAUUAAUUUUUUUGUACAAAACAAUUAUUACGUCAUAAAGAUGUUAUCAUGACGAAAAUCGUAUGUAGUUUAUCAAAAUAUAUAAAACUCGCAUUCGAAACCAGUAAAUGGUCACAUUGAAAACGUUACAAAUCAUCAAACUUCACAUUGCAUUUAUUUGUGGUUUAACUUUCUUGGGGUUAUUCUACAUAAGCAUCAUGUCUACGGACGAACGUUGUAUUUUCUGCAAAAUCUGCGCGCAUAAAGAAGAAGCGGCAAUUUUAUAUGAAGAUGGAGAAUUCAUUGUGUUCAAAGAUAUCAAACCAGCCACUGAACAUCACUAUUUAGUAAUUCCUAAAAUUCAUAUUAAAGGAGCUAAUGUUUUAACUAAAGAGCAUUUGCCGAUGUUGGAAAAAAUGGAACAUUUAGCAAAACAAAUUUUACAAGAACAAGGAGCUUCCUUAGACGAUAUCCGUUUGGGCUUCCAUUGGCCACCUUUUAACAGCAUUAACCAUUUACAUUUACAUGCAAUGGGACCUGCUAAAAAUAUGGGAAUUAUAUCAAAGUCAAUAUUUAAACCUGAUUCAUUUUGGUUUGUUACUCUGGAUUAUAUGUACAUUAGACUUAACAAACUCUAAUUAUUGUUGUUGCACUAACUUUUAGAUAAUUGUAUUACUCACAAGUUUAAAUUUUAGAAAUUGAUGGUUUUUUGGUUGUGAUACUAAAUAAUUUUUUAUUGUUUGUUUUUAUUAAUGGUUAUAUACAGUGCCGCACUUAAUUAUUGGCACAGCAAUAGUUUUUCAUUUCACGACUGUUUUUAAACCAAAUUAACAAAUGGUAUUAUGUGAAAGUAUCUUUUCUAUAUUGUUUAAUUAAUUAAAUACUCUAUGCAGUUAUUUUUGUAUAAAAAUUUAUUUUUAAUAAUCUGUUUUAAAUUAAAUUAACAAAAUAGUGCUUAUUUUCAACGCACAAAAUUAUUGGCACAGUUAAAAAACAACUGUUUUAAAACUGCCUUAAACUAAAUUAGUAUUUUGUAGGUAACCCUUUUUGUUUGAUAACGGCCUCCAAACGCCUUGGCAUGGAGUGAAUCAAAUUUUGGGUUGUUUUCUGCUCAAUAUUGUACCACUCCUCUAACAAUGCCUGUUUCAGCUCCAACCUGUUAGUAAUUGGAAGCUUUUUGACCCGUCUAUCCAAUUCCUCCCACAAAUGUUCAAUCGGAUUAAGAUCUGGAGACUGCGGUGGGUGUGGUAAGACAUGUGGGGUAUUAUAUGCCAGCCACAUACGCACGAUAUGAGCCGAAUGCUUUGGGUCAUUAUCGUGUUGAAAUGUGUACGUGGGCGACAAAUUUAACUUUUUGAUACUUUUAUGGAGGUUUUCUUUUAAAAUAUUUAAAUAAACUGACUUAUCCAUAAUACCGUCUAUAAAUACUAACUCGCCUACCCCUGCAGCUGACAUGCAGCCCCACACCAUCACCCCUCCUCCACCAUGUUUCACUGUUGGUGCAAGGUUUUCUUUAUCAAACGCUGUAUUGGCUCUUCUCCAUACUUUAAUACGACCAUCAGAUCGGAAAAUGUUGAACUUACUCUCAUCUGAGAAUAGUACUUGAUCCCAGAAUGUAUUUGGUUUAUUCUUAUAUUCCUUUGCGUACGCCAGGCGCUUCUUUUGGUUACGUACAGAUAUUAGUGGCUUUCGCCUCGCAACACGCGCACUAUAACCAGCCUCGUGUAGUACUCUUCUGACGGUUAUGGGAUGAAUAUCUUUACCAAAAUCUUGUUUUACUUCAGUAGCAAUCUGUGUUGACGUUAUUUUUGGAUCUGCUUUGACUUUUCGGAUAAUCUGCUUGCGUUCCCGAUCGUUUAAUGUUCGGGGACGGCCAGUACGCUUAAUACUUUUGAAAUUUGAUGCUUUUUUAAAUCGGUCAAUAACACUGCGAAUAGUAUAUCGGCUUCUGUUCGUUAUUUCCCCAAUUUCAGUAUACGAUCUGCCUUGGUUGUGCAAAUGAAGAAUUAUUUUGCGCUCUGAUUCUGUUGUUUCUUUCUGUUUUCGACCCAUUUUCAUAUUUAACUAAUACUUUAGUUGAUAAAGACAAGAUGGAAUUCGAUUUAAAAAUUAAAUUAACUGUCAAUAGGGGGAAAUACGAACACACAGUUAGGAUAUUUGACAUUUCGGCUAAGCAUAUAAUGUACGUUUGUACCAAUUGUUAAGUGUGCCAAUAAUUUUGUGCGUUGUAAAUAAAUACUAUUUUGUUAAUUUAAUUUAAAACAGAUUAUUAAAAAUAAAUUUUUAUACAAAAAUAACUGCAUAAGGUAUUUAAUCAAUUAAACAAUAUAGGAUAAAUACUUUCACCUAAUACCAUUUGUUAAUUUGGUUUAAAAACAGCCAUAAAACGAAAAACGAUUGCUGUGCCAAUAAUUAAGUGUGGCACUGUACAAAAUUUUAACUAAUAAAUCAAUAAUGAAGGCCCCACUGCACUAUGAUAUGUAACAACACCAUCAUUUCUCCACUAACACAAAUAUAAAAAAAUUGAGGGGUUUUGAAAGCCUAAAAAAGGAAAAUAUUCAUCAACAGUCAAUUUUAAAUUAUAAUUUUUAAUCUGCUGAUGAAUGUCAUACACACUAAUUAAAUUUACAGAAAAUUUUUACGUAAAACGAUAUAUGCAAGUAUAUGUAUGAACACAAAGUAAAAGAAAUAUUUUGAUAAAUUUUAUAUUUUGCGUAAUUUGAAGUGAAAAAACGAAAUCCAAUUCAAACGAAAUAAUUUCGCGGUUUUUCUGUGUCGUAGGAAGUGCAUAGUCUCAACAACUUAAAUUGUCCGUUAGAUGGCGCUCGCGGUAUGACAGUUUCAAAACAAAACCAUGGAUGUAAUAGAGAGUCUCUAUUGCAACCAUGAACAAAACAUAAUAAACAUAACCUAUAAAUA